AUGAUUCAGAUUGCUGGUGUAAAGAUCCUCUAUACUGGUGACUUUUCAAGGCAAGAGGACCGUCACCUUAUGAUGGCAGAAAUACCACAGAUUCGACCAGAUGUUUUGAUGAUUGAGUCAACAUAUGGAGUCAGCAUUCAUGAACCCCGUGAGAGUAGAGAAUCACGCUUCACUACAACAGUUCAUACAAUUGUAGGCCGAGGAGGCCGCUGUCUAAUACCUGUAUUUGCUCUUGGCCGAGCACAGGAACUUCUAUUGAUUUUGGAUGAAUAUUGGCAACUACACCCUGAGUUACAUGAGGUACCCAUCUAUUAUGCCUCAGCUCUUGCCAAGAAGUGCAUGAGUGUCUAUCAAACUUAUACACAUGCUAUGAAUGAAAGGAUUCAGCGACAGAUAUCUAUCAGUAAUCCUUUUCAGUUCAAGCAUAUUUCAAACCUAAAGGGGAUGGACCAGUUUGAGGAUAUUGGGCCAUGUGUCAUUAUGGCUUCACCAGGUAUGAUGCAGAGUGGACUUUCUCGGGAAUUAUUUGAAAUGUGGUGUCCUGAUCCUAAAAAUGGAGUCAUAAUUGCAGGUUACUGUGUGGAAGGUACAUUGGCCAAAGAAAUAUUAAAGGAGCCAGAGGAAGUGACUACUAUGUCAGGUCAGAGAUUACCAAUGAAGUGUUCUGUUGAAUACAUCUCCUUCUCUGCCCACACUGACUUUGAGCAGACUUCACACUUCAUCCGUACUAUUCGACCUCCAAAUGUGGUUUUGGUGCAUGGAGAAAUGACAGAAAUGUCACGUUUGAAGGCAGCCCUUGAGAGAGAAUACGAAGGUAGCACAGAAAAUCCUGUAAAAGUGUUCAACCCGAAGAAUCUUGAGACUGUCACAUUUCACUUCAGGGGGGAGAAAAUGGCUAAGGUAAUGGGAGAACUUGCCGUUAAUAAACCCAAAGAGACUAUGUAAUGGUAUUUGGUUAAACGGAACAACUGUCAUAUCAUUUCUCCUAAAGAAUUAGGCA